CUGAACAGGGUAAUGGGCACCAGGCUUCACCUUUCCUCUCACUUCACAGUUGGCAGAAACUGAAAAGUAUGACGUUCCAACUUCAGCUGCGAUCAAAAGCAAAAAAAACUUUGACCUUCUCUCUCACCUAAAAUAAAUAUUAGGCCGUCUGUGUUGUUUGCAUCACACACAUACACUCUGUAGAAUAAAUAAAAGAAAAAGGUUCUGGCCAAAUUCAGAUGUAUGUCAUGGUCAUGUCCAUAGAACUGGUCGAAGCGAACGCUCUCCGUCUGCAGUUCAUCGUGUGAGCCUCGACCAGUGCAGCUCUGUAUCAUGCUACGGUGCUUCAAUCGCUCCAGCUGUCAGAGGACUCUCAGUGCACUUGACAGUCUUUACGAGAUCAAUCCCAAUAUGAGGAACUUGAAGCAGAUAGAUUUAAUCCUGGCCGUACGAGCAAGCCAGAUCAAGGAAGAGCUCAGACAGAGAAAGAAUAAGCCAUAUAAAGAAGUGAUAGAUGUCUUAUGGGGUGACCCGCACAGGGCAGGUUUGAAGCCCCUGUCCUUUGUCCGACAGGUUUUUGCAGCAUGUAUUUACCCUCAGCUUGUGGACAGCGAUAAACUGCCAGUGGACGUCAGACAGAGAGCUCAGAGGCUGCUGAAGGAAUGUGUUGGAGGGAGUGUAGGUUGUUAUACUGCUACACCAGGUAUUCCAGGAAUAGUCCAAAGACUCUCUGAAUUCAUAACGAGACGAGAUGGUGGAGUUCCAUCUCACCCUGAAAACAUCUACAUCAGUUCAGGCUCACAGUGGGCGCUCUCGAACAUUCUCAGCGUCUUGGUGAACAGGGAGGCUUCACCCAGAACAGGUGUGCUUGUUCCAGUGCCAAGCUACUCCAUUUCCACUUUGUCCAUGAUGAAGGUGGGAGCGGUUACCGUUCCUUACUACCUCAGUGAGGAGCAGGGCUGGGAGCUGCAGAUGGCGGAGCUGCAUCGAGCGCUGGAAUCUGCCAAGGGAGUCUGCAACCCUGUAGCUCUUUAUAUCAUCAACCCUGGAAAUCCCGCAGGUUGUGUUCAAAGCAGAAAAUCAAUGCAGGACGUGAUCCAGUUCGCUUCAGAGAAGAGACUCUUCCUUCUGGCUGAUGAGGUCUAUCAGGACUGUGUUUACGGGGAAAAGACUGAGUUUGUCUCUUACAAGAGGGUUCUGGCUGAGAUGGGUCCUCCUCUCUCAAACACAGUGGAGCUGGCUUCCUUCCACUCAGCAUCCAAAGGCAUCAUGGGAGAGUGUGGUCUGCGUGGUGGAUAUGUGGAGCUGGUAAAUCUGGACCCCACUGUUAUGAAAUACAUCUACAAACUGUUCUCCACGGACAGUUGUGCACCUGUGUUGGGUCAGAUCGCCCUGGAUCUGAUGGCAAACCCUCCACAGCCAGGAGAUCCCUCGUACCCACUUUACAGUGAGGAAACACAGCACAUCAAGAACACGUUGGUUGAUAAUGUAAAGAAAGUCUUUGACGUUUUAAACAGUCUGCCGGGUUUCAGCUGCCAGCCUGUGGCGGGAGGAGCGUUUGCCUUUCCAAGACUGCAUCUUCCAGCUGCAGCCAUUCAGAAAGCCGAGAAAAUGGGAAUGGAACCAGAUUUGUUCUACUGUCUCAGACUGCUGGAGGAGGCCGGGGUGAUGGCAGGUCCAGGUUCUGUGUAUGGACAAAAGGAGGGCACCCACCACAUCAGAUUUUGUAUUAUGAGCCCUGAAGACACUAUGGAAGAAAUACUGAAGCGCAUUUCCAGCUUUCACGCGCAGUUUAUGAAGGAUUUUUCUUAAACAAAAAGGUAUUUUUUCGCCUUUCCAAGCAACAAAACGUCUGCCAUGGAGCACUGAGAUUUAUUACAAAUAUAUAUAUAUAUAAAGCCUUUACUCACCAUUGUUCUCUGUAGUCUGGGGUUGUUCAGCUUUGUCCAUCAGUAGACUUCACCAUUGCCAUAGCCUUAUUUACAAGGAGGGUGGACUCUGGGCAGUCCGUGGCCUAGAAUCGGGCUUGCAACCGGAGGAAUGCAGGUUUGAAUCCCAGGACUGACAGGUCAAGGACUGAAGUGCCCUUGAUCAAGGCACCUACCUACCUGAAGUCAGCUAAUUUUCUCAUAGCCUUCUAUACGUGAAAGUGUUAAGUGAUAUUUUGUAUUUUCAUUUUAAAUUUGUUUUUGUGUCUGCAAAAUUGUUAAUUGUGAUGCGGCCUCUCUUGGCCAGAAGCCUCUUGGAAAAAAAAGUUUAUCUCCAGGUUAAAUACAUUUA